UGCCACCAAUAGCUCUCACACUUAGAAUUAAUUCUUAUUCUCUUCAGUUUCUUGGUUUUGAUUUGCUCUAUUUUAAAUAAUAGAGAAUCCGACUGCUGCACUGCUGUGGCGAUUGGAGAGCGCUCCCCGAAACAUCCCGAUUAUCAGCAACUGGAACGGACCAUGAAAACAACCAAUCUCGGUCUGUACGCUUUCCGUUUAACCUUCGGUCAGGCGCCGCAGCUGUCCGCACAGGCCACUACGCACCUCAGCCAUGGCUUUACCACCAGCUCGUCGGCGCCAAACCGUGUUGUGACCCGCUCGGCCACCAUGCUGGCACUUUUUGGCAUAGCCCUCUCCUCGUUCAGCCUGAAGCAGCUGCUGGCCAAGAAGCAGAAGCAUCAGGGGUUGCGGAAGCUCUAGGAGCAAAAAACUAGCCAAGAGACAAUGAAGAAGAGGGAGAGAUAAUCGGAAGCCGCCAUUGCAUCAUGUCCUGAGCCCGGACAUUCACUUAGUUCAUCAUCUUCAUGUUGUAUAUUUUCCUAAGUUAAGUCAUCCACAUUCACUUACUCAGCACAGAGAGACAGCCGGUGCUCGGGCAUGGAACCAGGAUUAUUUUAUACCCAAAAUCUAUACGCAUAUAUAGAUAUAUAUUUUCUUGUUUACACAUGCAAACACCAUGCAAAGCCAACUAAAAGGAAUACAAUUGUGAUAAAACAGAAACGCGUAUGAUUGUAGCAAAGCAGAUAGAAAACUGAAAGAAAGAGAUAAUGGAGUAGAAGAACCCCAAAUUAAAGGAAAUCCAAAAUUAUCGUUAUCGCCGCUUUUUAGUUAUAAAUAUUUUAUGUGUAAACAAGUCCAUCAUAUAUGUAUAUUUUCUUUAUAAUUUGUAUACAGAUCACAGAAACGACCUAGUUAGAAGGGAUAUUAACUAUAGUGACAUCGCUGAAUCUGGAUGGUAGGCAGCGUGCAGGGUGCAACAGUAUCCACAAAAUCAACUAGUUGUAGUUCCUUAUUCUAAUAAAUACAUUAAAUUCAAUUGGA